AUGUUCGGCCCUUUAAUGCGAAGAAGCAUUCUACAGGGAUCCGCAACACGUACUUGGAAUUGUCUUACUAAUUUCACUCAACUACUCUGGUGUAAAUUGAAAUAUUUACGAGAACUGAGGCCUAAACUGCUUGGAUACGAGUUUUGGUAUCCUUGUUAUGAUGCCGCGGACUCGCAGGAAGCACUACUCGUCACACUCCAGAUCACCGUCCAGGACUUACGAAGCCAAAAGACGGCGGAUCGACGACAGUUCCCGCGAGGACUCAGGAUACAGAAAACGCAGCCGUAG